AUGUGAUACUUGCGGUUCCUCGUUAAUGAAAAUCCCCAGUCAUCCCAAUCCCCAGAACCCCAAACCCUGAGACUCCAUAGUUUGAAAAAAUCCCAGUACCACAGGCUUAUCUUAGAACUUUCCACCUGAAGUCCCUUUACCCUUGUAAUAUCUACCUUCUCCAACCCCUUUGUACACCUUUACCCUUCGCCAUCUCGGACCCACUUGUAGCCCUUUGAUAACCUAAACACCACCCCUGCCAUCAUGGCCUUGGAUCAGUGGCCCUUUCUUCCGACACCCCCCAACAUUUCUAUCCCUGAACCCCUCCUGUACGAUAGCUACAUCCAGGGGAAUGAGUCCGACCUGGACCUGAACAUCACAGAGACCCGUGAGCCUCACCAGGACAAGACCAGCUCGGUGGUCAUCACCUUAAUCUACUUCAUGGUAUGCGCUGUGGGGCUGUGCGGCAACACCUUGGUCAUUUAUGUAAUCCUGCGCUACGCUAAAAUGAAGACGGUGACCAACAUCUACAUCCUGAACCUGGCGGUGGCAGAUGUUCUGUGCAUGAUGAGCCUGCCGUUCAUUGCCCUGCAGCUUGCACUGGUGCACUGGCCCUUUGGAGAGGUGCUUUGCAGGGUGAUCAUGACUGUAGACUCUCUCAAUCAAUUCACCAGCAUCUUCUGUCUGAUGGUGAUGAGCAUUGAUCGGUACUUGGCUGUGGUCCACCCUAUUAAGUCCACAAAAUGGCGGAAGCCUCGUGUAGCCAAGCUAAUUAACCUGACAGUAUGGGGUGUGUCGCUGUUAGUCAUCCUACCUACUAUGAUCUUCAGUGGCCUGAACAAGGUCCCAGUAUGUGGUAUCGUGUGGCCGGAGCCGCAAGAUGUAUAUUACAAAUCCUUCAUAUUCUACACCUUCUUCAUUGGAUUCUUCCUGCCGCUGACAGUCAUAUGCAUGUGUUACCUGCUCAUCAUAGUCAAGGUUAAGUCGUCUGGCAUUCGAGUGGGUUCCACCAAACGCAAACGCUCUGAGCGUAAGGUGACACGCAUGGUGUCCAUCGUGGUGGCGGUGUUCGUCCUCUGUUGGCUGCCUUUCUACGUUUUCAACGUCACUUCAGUCACCAGCUCCAUCAACCCGACCUCUGCUGUGAAGAGCACCUUUGACUUUGUGGUGGUGCUCGGCUACGCCAACAGCUGCGCAAACCCCAUCUUGUACGCCUUCCUAUCGGACAACUUCAAGAAGAGCUUUCAGAACGUUCUGUGUCUGAAAAAGGUGGCAGGCCUGGACGAGAUAGAGCGCAGUGACAGCAGGGCAGACAGGAGCAGGAUGGCUAACGAUGCUGCAAUCAUCAACGCCAACUUGGAGACUCACAAUGCUGCCCUGCUCAAUGGCGAGCUUCAGACCAGCAUCUGAGAGUAAAGGAGCAGCUGUCACAUCCAGGGGGGCCAAAGAGACUGAGCUUGGGGCUUCCAGACUAAUGGGCCGCCACUGCACUGCUUGUGACCCCUGUUCAAAGAUGCGGGGGUAGGAGGAUGAUGUAAUAGCUGCUGCUCAUGGACAUUGACACAUGAACAAAGUCCAAGUGAAAAAUAAACAAUUUCCAGAGGUCAGGGAAAGUACACUGACUCCAGCUUGAAGCUCUUGAUAUUUGGGUUAA